GCCUGUUUGGCAUUGAGUUUUACUGCUGCAAAGACUAGAAGAACAUGAAGCAAUAAACUUCAAAAAAGGCAAAAUGAUGAUGGUUGGAUUGGCCAAGCUCUUGAAUUUGGCCAUCACCAUUAAUAAUACCAAUCUACUAAUCAUCAACCACUGUAGAUUCUUGACUUUCAUUGUACAAAACUCCAUUAAUGAACCCUCAUUCAACAACACAAGUAUGUGUUCUUUGAUUCAACAAUGUAUAGAGAACAAGUCCUUAACCAAAGCCAGAAUGGUCCACGCUCAUGCUAUAAAGUUUGGGCUUUUAGGUCUCAACGUAGGGAAUAAGCUCACUGAUGCUUACCUUAAGUGUGGUUGCAUUGUUGAUACACGCAAACUGUUCGAUGAAUUGCCUCAAAGGUAUUUAAUUUCAUGGAAUUCAAUGAUUUCUUAUUACAUUGGUCAGGGCAAGUGUAAGGAAGCUAUUUUGUUGUGUAAAAGGAUGGUUUCAGAGGGUGUUCUACCUGAUAAUUUCACAUUCUCAAGUGUUUUCAAGGCUUUUUCUGAACUGGGUUUUGUUAAUGGAGGGAGGGAAGCUCAUGGGAUGUCUAUUGUUUUGGGUUUGGAGGUUUUAAACAAGUUUGUUGGUUCAGCCAUUGUUGAUAUGUAUGCAAAGUUUGGAAAGAUGAAGGAAGCUCAUGUAGUGGCAGACCGGGUUAUGAGCAAAGAUGUGGUUUUGUUAACAGCUUUGAUUGUUGGUUACACUCAGCAUGGUGAUGGCGAAAAAGCUCUAAAGGUUUUCGGGGAAAUGAUUCGCCAAGGAAUUAAUGCGAAUGAGUAUACUUUUGCAAGUAUCUUGAUCACUUGUGGAAAUGUUGAGGAUUUAAGUAUAGGUAAGUUGGUUCAUGGUCUUAUGGUGAAAUCUGGACUUGAAUCAGUUGUGGCAUCGAAAACUUCACUUCUUACUAUGUAUUCUAGAUGUGGUUUGAUUGAUGAUUCACUAAAAGUUUUCAACAACUUCUUGUGUCCUAAUCAGGUAACUUGGACCUCCCUAUUAGUAGCUCUUAUCCAAAAUGGGAAAGAAGAGGUAGCUUUGUCUAAGUUCAAAGAGAUGAUUAGUAGUUCUGUUCUUCCCAACUCUUUUACAUUAUCUAGUGUUCUUCAGGCAUGUUCUAGUCUUGCAAUGCUUGAGUUAGGAAAACAAAUUCAUGCUAUGGUUAUGAAAUUUGGAUUGGAUAGAGAUAAAUAUGCAGGUUCUGCUGUUGUUAAUUUGUAUGGGAAAUGUGGAAGUACCGAAAUGGCAAGGUCUGUCUUUGAUGCUUUAGUUGAAUAUGAUGUGGUGUCCAUGAAUUUCAUGAUAUACAGCUAUGCCCAGAAUGGUAUUGGUCAUGAAGCAAUUAAAUUGUUUCAUAAGAUGAAAGAAUUGGGCCUUGAACCAAAUGAAGUAACAAUUUUGAGUGUUCUAUUAGCAUGUAACAAUGCAGGGUUGGUUGAAGAAGGCUGUCAGUUAUUUGAUUCCAUUAAGAACAAUCAACGGUUUGAAUUGACUAGAGAUCACUAUGCUUGCAUGGUUAAUCUGCUCGGGCGUUGUGGGAGACUUGAAGAGGCUGAAGUGUUGGUAAAACAAGUCAGAAAUCCAGAUUUGGUUUUAUGGAGGACACUUCUGAGUGCUUGUAAGAUCCACGGAGAGGUGGAGAUGGCCGAGAGAGCUCUAAAGCAAGUGCUUGAUCUCUCCCCGGACGAUGAGGGGACUCACGUCCUCAUGUCAAAUCUUUAUGCCUCAGCUGGUAAUUGGAGCCAAGUUAUUGAGAUGAAAAGCACAAUGAGAGAAAUGAAGUUUAAGAAGAAUCCUGCAAUGAGCUGGGUUGAGAUUGAUAAGGAGGUUCACACUUUCAUGGCUGGAGAUUGGUCUCACCCGAGUUCUAAAGAGAUACUUGAUACAUUAGGAUGUUUGAUUGAGAAGGUAAAGAUUUUGGGUUACAUUCCUGAUACAAGAUUCGUGUUGCAAAACAUGGAUGAGGAGGAAAAAAAGAGGUCUUUAUAUUACCAUAGUGAGAAACUGGCCAUAGCCUUUGCACUGCGGAAGACUAAUAACAAAACUACUACUAUCAGACUUUUUAAGAACCUUAGAGUUUGUGGGGACUGUCAUUCAUGGAUAAAAUUUGUCUCUAAAGCUGUUGGAAGAGAAAUCAUUGCUCGAGAUGCCAAAAGAUUUCAUCAUUUUAAAGAGGGCUUAUGUUCCUGUGGAGAUUAUUGGUGAAUCCAUAUUGAGAUAUUUUGUGAUUGAAUUUCCUAAUACUUGUUACUCUUUGAUGUAGAUUAAUGUCCCAUAUCAAGCUACUUAGAAAUGAGACACAGAUGCCAUUAUCAGUGACUAAGCAAACAUUUGGAAUGUAAGAAAUAUUUGAUAGUCUGUAAUAUGAUAUUGCCAUUAGGAGAGACCAAUCAGUUGGUGCUGCGGUUCUUCGCAGUGACCAGGCUGAAAUCAUCAAGAUCUGGCUUCGGAACCUUUGGCAUUUGGAUGGCACAUUAGCUGAAGCAGCUACAAUUUGCAAAACAGCAGAAAUCCUUGGAGCCAAGGCUAGAAUCAACAUUAUCUUCCAAUCUGAUUUGAAGACAGUGGUAGAUGAGUUCAAGCCGUGUCUUCAGCCCACCAAAAGUGUUCCUUUGGAAGCCUUGAAGAGUAACUUUGUGGCUCGUGAUCUUGCGCGCUGGGCCUGCAGCAAUUCCCUUAGAGGCAGAUUAGAGCUUCAACAGGUGACAGCUAAAGUGUUCCGCGACUAUGAGGAGUUUAAUUCUAUCUGGGUGUCUCUUCUUCCAUUGUUUUUCUUAGUUUUCUUGUUGCUGUUGUAGUUUUUCAUCAAAAAAGAAAACAGUAAAAAAAAACUCCCAAUUCUCUAUGAACUUGGGUUCUCCUGGCCAUAUUUUUGGUCUUUUCAAUUCGAUCAUAAAAAAAAAUACACCCAACAUUUUAUUUCAAUCUUGUCAAAAUUAUAUAAUGCAACUACACAUCUGAAUUAUGACAAGUACUAAUAUUAGUAAUUACAUAAUUAUAUAUA